AGCAACCAAAAUCAACUCCCUUUCUUUGAAGAAAACCGGAAGAGGAAAAAAAGCUCCUUGUUCAGGUGAGUCUCUACAAACUCACUAAUCGUAGUUAUCCAAGUAACCACUUAAAUACCGAUUGAGACUCACUCCCCAAUUCCAAACCAAACAAACACAUAUUACUCUCUCUCUCAUUCCCCUACAGUUCAUGCAAGGCAUUACGACUUAGGGUUUGUGCUGUCGCUCUCUCUUCGAUUCAAGCAAGCGAGACUGUUAUGGCUUUUCCGGCGAAGAAACUCAUCAACGAUCCCAACGAUGUGGUUACCGAGUUCAUUGAGGGUCUUGUAGAAACUUAUCCUGGACUGCAGCACCUAGAUGGUUUUCCUUUGGUGAAAGUUGUGUUACGUGCUGACAUUUCAAGUGCAACAUAUGACAAGGUUGCUAUUAUAUCAGGAGGUGGAAGCGGCCAUGAGCCUGCGCAUGCUGGAUUUGUAGGAGAGGGGAUGCUAACAGCUGCUAUUUGUGGAGAUAUUUUUGCCUCUCCACAAGUUGAUUCAAUUUUAGCAGGGAUUCGAGCUGUGACUGGUCCUAGGGGAUGUCUUCUGAUUGUCAAGAAUUAUACUGGUGAUCGUUUAAAUUUUGGUCUUGCCGCUGAGCAAGCUAAAUCUGAAGGUUACAAAAUAGAGACUGUAAUUGUUGGAGAUGAUUGUGCUUUACCUCCUCCUCGGGGCAUUGCUGGACGAAGAGGAUUGGCAGGGACUAUUCUUGUCCAUAAGGUAGCUGGAGCUGCUGCUGCAGCUGGCCUUUCUCUUGCUGAUGUUGCUGCAGAAGCAAGACAUGCGUCUGAGAUGGUUGGAACGAUGGGUGUUGCAUUAUCAGUUUGCACACUGCCUGGUCAGGUUGCAUCAGAUCGUUUGGGCCCAGGAAAGAUUGAACUUGGCCUUGGAAUACAUGGUGAACCUGGUGCUGCUGUGGCCAACAUUCAGCCUGUGGAGGUGGUGGUUUCUCAUAUCCUUAAGCAGAUAUUAUCAGUGGAAACUGGUUAUGUUCCUAUUUCUCGUGGUAACAGUGUGGUGCUCUUGGUCAACGGCUUAGGUUCAACUCCUGCCAUGGAAUUGAUGAUUGCAGUAGGAAAAGCUGUCCCUCAAUUGCAGCUGGAACAUGGACUUGCUGUUGAUAGAGUGUAUACAGGGUCAUUUAUGACGUCUCUUGAUAUGGCAGGAUUUUCGAUUUCCAUAAUGAAAGCAGAUCAAGCUAUUUUGCGACGUCUGGAUGCUCCAACUAAGGCACCAUACUGGCCUGUAGGAGUUGAUGGGAAUCGUCCACCUGCCAAGAUUCCCGUUCCAUUACCACCAUCGAGUUUAGCUAAGCAUGAUGAGCCAUUGAGCCGGCCGGACCUGCUGAAUAAACAAGGACAUAUUCUUGAGGUGGCUAUUGAAGCAGCAGCAAAUGCUGUUAUUGGUCUCAGGGAUAGCUUAAAUGAAUGGGACAGCAAAGUUGGUGAUGGUGACUGUGGAUCAACUAUGUAUAGAGGGGCAACAGCUAUUUUGGCGGACAUGAAAAAGUUCUAUCCUCUGAAUGAUGCUGCAGAAACAGUAAAUGAAAUUGGAUCAUCUAUUGGGAGAGUUAUGGGAGGAACAAGUGGGAUCAUAUAUCAUAUACUCUGCAAGGCAGCAUAUGCAAAGUUGAUAUCAAAUCGUCAGUCAGUUGUCACAGCAAAACAAUGGGCUGAAGCGCUUGAUGCUUCCAUUGCGGCGAUCAGUAAGUAUGGGGGUGCGAGAGCUGGUUAUCGUACAUUAUUAGAUGCUCUUAUUCCAGCAUCAACAGUUCUUCAGGAGAGGUUAAAUGCUGGGGAUGACCCUUGUACUGCUUUUAUGCUUUCUUCUGAAGCUGCAUUGGCUGGAGCUGAAUCAACCAAACAAAUGCAGGCGCAGGCUGGCCGUUCAAGCUAUGUCUCUGGUGAGAUUCUUGCGUCAGUUCCAGACCCAGGGGCCAUGGGUGCUGCUUCGUGGUACAGAGCUGCAGCCUUGGCUGUCAAGGAUAAUUUCCAGGCUUUAUGAUCUGCGGUUUUGUCUCUCUGCAUUAUGCUUCUGACUGUUGAAUUUUUUUAAGAGAAUAUUUGUGCAUAAAGCUGAGAAAGCGAGUGUCACCCAUCUCCAUCUUGAACUCCAUUUUAAAGGGAUGUAAUUUCAAAGAUUACCAAAUAUGCAAAUAUUCUUCCAAAUAAUGUUUCAAUAUCUGAAAUGUCUUCAAAGCAGAAGGUUUAGGGUUUA